CGAUUGCUUUGUAGUUAAUCACACUAAAACCACCCUUUCAAAAUGAAAUCGUUCAUCGUUCUUGCCCUCUUCGUGGCCGCCGCCGUCGCCGCCCCUGCCACUCCUGAUGGUGACGCUAAGAUCGUCAGAUACGACAGCGACAACAUCGGCAUUGAUCGUUACGCAUACCAAGUUGAGACCAGCAACGGUAUUUCUCAAAGUGAAAAUGGACAGCUUAACAACGUCGGAACUGAAAACGAGGCCCUCGAAGUCCGCGGCCAGUACUCUUACACCGGUCCAGACGGCGUCGUCUACGCCGUGACCUACAUCGCCAACGAGAACGGCUUCCAGGCCGAAGGCGCUCAUUUACCCAAAGCUCUUUAAAUCUUCUUCAAUCGUCUGUACAUCUAGUCCAAAAUACUCAUCCUUUAACCUCUCCCUACUUUCCUCGUUAUGAAGCAAUCGUUUAAGCGAUUCUGUGAUAUGAUCCCGAUUUUGUAUAUUUGUUAAUAAACAAUUACGUUUUAAUUUA